GGAGAGAGAAAUCGAGGGAAGUGGGCGGAGUUACGGUUGAGAGUGGGCGGACACGCGCACCGUUCCAUUACACGGCUCCGUUUCUCUCGGUCGCGCUCAGUGCAGCAGGAUCUGAGGAAACUCUCGGUACUCUCCCGUGUCUCGGAUACUUUACGGUCCCACAGACGGAGCUCCAAUCACUCGUUCCGUUUGGAACCGAGGACUCUCCCACGUUUUAAGAUGAUGUUGAGUCUAGGUUUGUUCGUGUCUCUGGUGGGUUUGACGGUGUCCGUUACCGGCAGCAGUGACGGGAACCCGCUGGACAAUGAUAAGUGGAUGAGCACCGUGUCCCAGUACGACAAGAGCAAAUACUGGAACAAAUUCCGCGACGACGAUUACUUCAGAACCUGGAACCCAAACAAAGCACAAGACCAAGAACAUGCACCAAACCAACGGACCGAACUGAACCAUAAAUCACACUCAAAGACCAAGAGCAGAACUACUGAUGGGCUGGACAGCACUAAAGACCCCUGCAUGAAGGUUCACUGUCCUCCUCACAAAGUGUGUGUGAGUCACGACUACCAGACCGCCAUCUGCACCAAUCACAAGCCAGCUCAGCACAGUGUUAAAGCCAAAAAAGGAAAUAUCCCUCAUAAGCGUUGGAUGGGAGCUGUGAAUCAUGGGAAAUGUAGGCCAUGUCCUGUUGUUCACUCCAGUUUGGUGUGCGGUUCUGACGGACACACGUAUGCCUCAAAGUGUAAGCUGGAGUUCCAGGCCUGCAGCUCUGGGAAGAGUCUGUCUGCGAAGUGUGAGGGUCCGUGCCCUUGCCUGCCCGGACAGGAAGUCAUUAAACCACACACAGAGAAGAACGGGUGCACUGAUGCUGAUCUGAGAAGUUUAGCCUCCAGACUCAAAGACUGGUUUGGGGUGUUACACACAGACGCAAACCGAGACCUGAAGACCAGCACCAGUGAAGCUGCACAAGGACGUUUCGACACAAGCAUUUUACCCAUCUGUAAAGAUUCUCUCGGCUGGAUGUUCAACAAGCUGGACAUGAACUAUGACCUCCUCCUCGACCAAUCAGAGCUCAGUGCUAUUUACCUGGACAAAUACGAGCUGUGCAUGAGGCCGCUGUUCAACUCCUGCGACUCCUUUAAAGAUGGAAAACUGUCCAACAACGAGUGGUGCUACUGCUUCCAGAAACCCGAUGGCAUGCCAUGUCAGAACGAGAUGAACAAGAUUCACUCUCAGAGCCGAAGGAAGACUCUGUUAGGAGUGUAUGUGCCGCGCUGCACUGAGGACGGUUAUUUUAAGGCCACUCAGUGUCAUGGCAGCACCGGUCAGUGCUGGUGUGUGGACAAAUACGGCAAUGAGCUCGCAGGAUCCCGCAGACAGGGCAACCCUACCUGUGAGGAGGAUCAGGAGACAUCUGGAGAUUUCGGCAGCGGCGGCGGCGCAGUCAUUCUACUUGACGACCAAGAGGAAGAAGAGUCUGCACAGAGUGGGCGUAGCCGACAGAAAGAGAGGCGGGGUCGACUCCACCCCCGCGGGGCCAUCGAAGACGACGAAGACGGAGAGGACGACGAGUUUGGCUACGUCUGGUAGCUCCGCCCACCCAUCUUCCGCUAAUUAACCAGGGACCCAUGUUAAAAAAUGCACAGUUCUGAAGCCAUUCCAGCUCCGCCCCCUUGGACACACACACACACACGCCCCCUUUUUCCAGCCCCGCCCUCAUUGUAGAUCUGAACUCAUUCAUUCUCUCUGUCUUUCUUAAGCCUCCUCCUCAUGUUCUGUCCUCUGUUUUUUUAAAACUCCCGCUCGCUCUUGUGUUGUAGACGCCUCUCGGGGGCUCUAGAUGGUAGACGUGCAUGACAAGAUCGUUCAGGCUCCUCAACACUUCUACAUAAGAUCUUUUUAAACAGGGGUUAGGUCUCAGUGGCAGUAUGCAUGAACGCCACUGCAGAAGAUGACGUCUGAGAUCUUCAAGGGUGAGGAUCAGGUGGGCUUAAAGUCAAACGCGCACUACACGACUGAAGCUCAUCAAUGAUUCAUGUCAUAAAUCUGCCACUGGAGGAUGGAGAUCGAAGGGAAAUCACAGCGCAUAUGUUCUGUUUGCUGCGAGGCACGUUGUUAAUAUUUACAGAUGCUACGAUAAUGCUAGAUUUAAUCGCAUCGGAAAACGGCAACGGCAAGAAAGAAUGCAGAUUUUCAAAUUAGUUUUAUUUUUUUCUUGGUUCCUUCAAUUGUUUAAAUGACCUUCCUGUGGUUUUUGUCUCUUGUUGAUGUAUGUAAUCCUGUUAUUGAAACAUGGGGAAUGUGAGCAGUUGAAUAUAGUGCACAACACAAGAAACUGCAGUGUGUACGUCUGUAAAGUGUGAUGAGCUUCAGUCGGGUUGUGUAUGAUUGACCUGCUACUGUUUUCACAUCUGUUUACUAUUACUGCAACUGUAAAUUCUGCUUUGUUUUCUAUCGAGCUUAUUCUGCGAUACGGAUGAGCAUUGUUGUUUUAAACACCGACCUAAUUUCGCCAAGUAGGACAUGUUCCUUGAUUAGCAUCUUUGUUGAUCCUGGAACAACAUUUCAAUCAACCUAUUAGAAUUAAGGGAUAGGGUCGUUUGUUAUCCAACUAUUAUUCCCCUCUGAUUUUGUGAAUAAUUAACAGUUAUGGUUGCGUUUAGGGGUCGUGAAAUAUAUAUUCAAAAAGGCGGCAACACCAAAGCUCCAAAAAUACCAAUUUAUUUAAUACAAAGGAUGAUACCAUAGAUAUAUACACUAGAUA